AUGGAUCCUGUUUGUCCCCAUUCACCUGCUCCCAAACAUAUCUGGUUGAAAGGCGACACACUGGGAGUGAUGAGUACGGACAACUGCAUUUCUGUUUGGAGGCUCGGUAAGGGAGCUCCUGCGCUUCUAAGCACUGAAAAAGUAGAAGCGUCCUGCACUGAAGAUGAUACCAUAGUCGUCAAGUCUAUAACAGGAGCCAAGGACGGUAGCAGGAUCAGCUUCAUCUUACAGCGGAGGAAACAGAAAAAUUACCGGCCCGACAGCGCACAGAACCUCACUCUAGACGAGCGCGGUAAUCUGCCUGUUCCGCUCGCUGAGGACACUUCAGCAGAGUGCGUGACUGAGGAAAGCGCCGAGGAAGCCCUGGGAAUAUUCGACGUUUCAACGACUAACUUCUGGAUAUACGGCCUCGAAAUACUGAGAGGCACCAAGCUAACGUUCCAUCAGUGGGAUGAACGGGAUGUCCGUCUGCUGGUAUGCUGUGUGUGGCGGCCGGAAAACCCACCUGUCGCCGACCCACUGCAAGACAAAAGAGGCUCUCCUCGCUUGCGGCAAAUGAACAGCAGAUCUCGACCUUAUAUCGUGACAUUCUUUAUCGACCAUGAUGGACGGUUGGCCGAACAGGUGAGAUCACCUAGAGACAGCGGUUGCGUAGAGGUUUUUUCUCACACACUGCUUACGCCAGCAAGCCAGACAGGAGUUAUUUCAAGUCUGCUGUUAGGAGCUCCACUCACAUGUCUUCGGACAUAUGAGUUUGGCAGUCGCUGCAACGCCCAACGGAACCUCUCUUCACCAUCUUCCUACUGA